GCAGCCCGGGCUGGGAGGGAGGGAAGGAAGGAAAGGCUGGGCGAGGCGAGGCGAGGCGAGGCUGGGCGAGUCUCCGGACCCCCCCUCUCUCUGCUCUCCCCUCCCGCCGCCAUGGCCGGGCCGCUGUGCGAGCUCCUGGGGGAGCGGCUGACGGACCGGCACCAAGCCGACGUGGAGAGCUCGCCGCUCGGCUCCGACGGCCGCCUGCUCGCCCUCUACUUCGGCUGCAGCUGGAGCGCUCCCUGCCAGCAGUUCAACGCGGCGCUCGCCGACUUCUACGGCCGCUUCAAGCAGGGCGAGAACGCCGACAAGCUGGAGGUGGUGUUCGUCAGCUCCGACGAGGAGCUCAAGCCCUGGCAGGAGUUCGUGGGCCAGAUGCCGUGGCCGGUACUGCCUUUUCAGGAGAAAGAGAGGAAGACUAAGCUGUGGAGUAAGUUCAAGGUGACCAACAUCCCCACGCUGAUCUUCAUGGAGGCCAGCAGUGGGAGGAUCGUCAGCAGAGACGGGCAGCUGAUCAUCCGCGACGACCCGCUAGGCUCCGAGUUCCCCUGGGGGCCCAAGUCCUUUGGUGAAGUGAUGGCGGGUUCACUGGUCAAGCACAGCGGGCAGACAGUGAACAGCGCUGACCUGGGCGGCAGCUACCUGGGCAUCUACUUCUCCGCACACUGGUGCCCACCCUGCAGAAGCCUCACCCGCGUCCUCGUGGAGAUCUAUCGCAAAAUCAAGGAGUCGGGACAGAAGUUCGAGAUUGUUUUUGUCAGCGCUGACAGGUCAGAGGAUUCCUACAAGCAGUAUUUCAGCGAGAUGCCUUGGACAGCAGUCCCGUACACUGAUGAAGCCAGGCGGUCCCGUCUCAAUAGACAUUACGGCAUACAAGGGAUUCCAACCCUCAUCAUCCUGGACCAGGAGGGCCGGAUCAUCACUCGGCAGGGGAGGGCAGCUGUACUCAACGACAUGGACUGCAAAGAGUUUCCCUGGCAUCCCAAACCGGUGUUAGAACUCACAGAGUCCACCGCCAUGCAGCUGAAUGAGGGGCCCUGCCUGGUUCUGUUUGUGGACUCAGAAGAGGAGGAACUGGAGCCGGCAAAGCAGUUGAUUCAACCCAUCGCGGAGAAGAUCCUCUCGGAGUACAAGGCGAAGGAGGAGGAUGCGCCGCUGUUGUUCUUUGUCGCGGGGGAGGACGACAUGACGGAAUCGCUGCGGGACUUCACCAACCUGCCCGAGUCGGCGCCACUGCUCACCAUCCUGGACAUGUCGCAGCGAGCCAAGUAUGUGAAGGAUGUAGAAGAGAUCACGCCGGCCAUCGUGGAGGAGUUUGUCAGGGCCUUCCUGAAGGAGAAGCUAAAACCCGAGCCCAUCUGACCCAGGAUUUUGUAACACUCCGGUUCUAUUUAAUCCCUAACAACAACACCAACAACAAAGACAAUUCCCCCCCAAAAAAACCGAAACGUUCUUUCUAACUCUUGAAUUUCAACUGGUUUUAACAUUGUGGUCCGUGCUGGAGUCUGCUGGACUUUUCUUUCCCGAGUCUUUGUGUAAAGAUGGUACUUUGACUUCCAUUUUGCCACCAGCGCCGACUGCCCGCCGAUGUCCGUGAUGCUCCAAGCCAGGCAGGCCCAUGGGACUUGCCUCCCCUCUGCCCCAGCGGGAAGAUAUAGUCAUCGCCACAGAAGCAAGUAACCCGCACACCACUCCCCCAACCAACGCCAACUGCGUCCUCAAAGGUAGACCAGCGUCCGAGUGUGGCUGACCCAACAUCAGCCCGCUUUAAGAUGCAAAAUGCUGGAGUAACUCAACGGGACAGGCAGCAUCUCUGGAGAAAGGGAAUGGCUGACGUUUCAGGUGGAGACCCUUCUUCAGAUGCUGCCUGUUCCGCUGAGUUACUCCAGCUUUUUGUGUCCAUCUUCGGUGUAAACCGGCAUCUGCAGUUCCUUCCUACACAUACGGCCCUUGAAAGAGUUGGCCUUGGCUUCAUGUUGGGCACUGACAUCGUGGGCCGAAGGGCCUGUUCCUGUGGUGUGCGGUUCGGUGUUCGACGCUCCUCGAUGAUAUACCAACCACUCGGUCAAUUAAAGGCUGGAUUUUAUGUAGUUUCAUUUUUUAUAUCCCCCUUUUUAUGUAAUCUGGUCCUGUUAUAAUGUUUUAAAUUAUUGCAAUAAACAUGGCAACAGUCA